UCUAGGCAAGAAAGGAGCAUUUGUGAAGAGGGAGGAGGGCAUGGGAGAGGUUUUCGCAGGCCCUCCCAAGCUGUUCAUCACUCCUGCAAUCUGAGUUUUAUCUAAGAUACCACGGAGCAGCACAGAGGCCUCGUGGGCUGGCUGCUGGUGGAGGCUGGAGCAAGGUGUUCCUGCAAUCUGGUCUCAGAUGUUUGAGCUGGGUCUUGUUAAUAAGAUCCAAGAAUUAAGAGCUUGGAAGUGCCUAGGAGCUCAGUGGUUUUUUUCCAAGAACGUGAUCGCUGAGGCUGAGUACAGAACCUGCAGUUUAGGGCUGGAGUAGACUUCAGUGCAAAAUGAAUUUCCUGCCAAUCAGCUGAAUAUCCUGAGACCUCACUGGGAAGCGGAGAACUUUGCUCCUCUGUUGCAGGUAGGGUGAUAUGCUUGGGGCUAUUCCUUAACCGUCGGGACACAGCCAUGGUUUUUCCCAUGCGAUCCCAUUGCCGGACAGGACUUUUUUGAGACAAUACCUAUCAAGAAGAGUUGUGUGUGGAGGGCCCUCAGUAUUUGCAGGACUGCUGCUUGGCCUUGGCGUGCUUCCUCCAGCAGCAUGUGACACUGCGCCAACAUUAGUGAGCGAACGUGGGAGAGCUGGUAAGUUUGGUUGUGUUUGGAUCCUCCUGCUUUUAUCCAGCUGCUAAAAUAGCUGAAAAAAAUACAAGAUGGUCCCAUUUCCACAGGCGCUUUUUCUGUUGAUGCUACAGGAGCGAUCCUGCAGGUCAGUGGUGGGAGCGAGAGAUAAACAGGAGAAGCAAGUUGUCCGUCAAGAUGAGAUUUGUGCAGUGGAAACAAGGCGGGACACGGCUUUGCGCAACGCAAUCCAUGGAGGUUUCCCUCCCAGUGAAUCAGGGAGAUGCUCUGAGGCAGCGGCCGCCGCGCGGGGUCACGGGAAAUGGAGUCGCCCCCGCCUACGCCUACGUGCGCGCCCCGAAGGCGCAGAACCACAGUUCCCGGCGUUCCCCGCGGCGCCCCCGCCCGCUCUCUCAACCCCCGCCCUCCCGCGAAAGCCCAUGGGAGCUGCAGUCCGAGCCCAGGGGCGCCGCCUGCUGGCCGUGUGCACCGCGCUCCGGCCCCGCUGCCCGGCUCCCUCCGCGGGAGGCGGCGCCCGCGCUGUUUGCGAACGCGGCGAGUCCCGCUCGGCGCGGGACGAGGAGAGCGCGGGCGGUGCUUCUGCCGAGGAGCGGAGCCGGAGCAGAGGGCGACCCCUCCUCCUGCAAGGCCGGGCAGAAGCGCCGCUGCCCGCACCGGGCAUGGCGGCCGCGGCGCCGGAAGCCGCCCCGGAAGCCGUCCCUCCGCUCCCGUGAUGCCCCGCGGCGACGCCCAUUCGAGUUUUGCUGCUGCCGUCAUGCCCGGCGCCGAGCGGAAGGCGACGGUUCUGCGUCCCGGUCCCGGCGGCUUCUCCCCGGCCCUGGAUGGCCGCGGCGGGGCCAAGCGCCGGCGGAGCGAGCCGGGGAUGGAGUGUCCUUCGGUGCAGGUGUCGUUCCCGGGCGCCGUGAGCCGGGAGAGCUGCUGCCGCUUCGCCCGCGACCUCCUCAAGCACGUCCUGUACCAGAGGCAGCAGCUCCCGCUGCCCUACGAGCGGCUCGGCUGCUUCUGCCGCCGGGAUGAAGAUGCGAGUAAGAAGCCACCCUCCCUAGACCGGGCAAGCAAGAAAUGGCAGCAGCUGCUGACAGACCUAGAGGGACUGUUCCGGCACAUGGAAGUAAUGUUCAGUUUGACACGGGUUCCUCGGGUUCUGUUUCUACUUGGAGGCACUGUUAUGAGCCCCAGGGAGUUCUAUGAGCUCAACUUGGAGAGUAUCUGUGAGGGCAGUGCUGAGGAGAGCCUGGAACCUGCCUCCUGCGUUCGCAAGCUUUUUCGCUCCCUCUUUGUUGCGGAUGUCUUCAGUGAACUUGAGGACCUGCCUGUCGUGGGCACUGUUGUCAUGCUCCAGGGGCACCGCAGUUGUGGUAAUGACUGGUUCCGGCCCAAGCUCAACUAUAAAGUGCCGACGCGGGGGAGGAAACUGACCGUGAACUUGUCCUGUGAUGAAGGCAUCGACAUAAGCGCCUCACCUCAUCAGCCUCUGGCUUCUACUCGGGAGGACUAUGUCUGGUUUCAAGCACCGGUGACCCUCAAAGGCUUUCGAGAAUGACCUGUGCUCUGUGGAACUCUAGUGGAAUAUUGAAUGAGCUUUGGUGAUGCUUUAAGGGACACUGACUUUAUCAAAUGUUGUUGAAAGCAAAUACCCGUUAAGGUACAGCCGCACCUUCACCACCCCUCCACCCCCCCCCCGAGUGAUUCUAUAGGGACCUGAGUUGUGGCACAGGAGAUGAAUUGCUGUGGGGGAGUAAAAGUUUCCUGUUGUGUGCUUACUGAAUUGGCAAAUACUGGAGACAGUCUUCUCUCUCCUGGCUGUUUCUCUGGUAACAAGUACUAUGUCAGCUGAUUGUUUGGGGCUCUAGAUAGUGUGUGUGAAUACACUUGGCCUUUGCCAUCAAGGCCAUCACUGUUCUUUGUCUCUCCUGCUUCUGUAAAAGGAGAACUUUCCCUGCAGGCUGAUCAGGCCUGAGUACUCAAGAGUUUGCCCUGUAAAUCCUUUCAGUUACUUAAUAAUCCAAAGAGUGGGACUGGGAGGUCUCAUACCUAGCACCGCGUUGUGCUGGUGAUGAGAAGAGGCGGAACAGCCCUGUGGAGGCAGGGAAUUGCAUCUUCCUGUUUUUUUUGCCUAACCUUUAGUCCAAGAGCCCUGACAAUCAGUUAGAAACACAGUUACAAUUAAAAGUAAGCAGUUCCUGCUCUAACCCUCCUCAGAGGAAGCUGGGACACCUGCCUCAAUAUCCCAGUUUAUGCUUGCUUAAAACAACAACAACAAAGUCGAUUUCUUGUUUACUUUCACCUCUUAGAAGUCUUAGACUCUAAAUGUUUCUGACAGGUGAGGAAGAGAGGAGUGUGAUCAAAUUCAGCAUUGGCUUUACCUGUCAGAUUCCCCUUCCAAGUCCGAAUGUAUUCCCUGGAAGCAGAACACGAGCCUUUCCUUCUGGCCUGGUGUCUGACACAAAGUGGAGGAGGAGGGAGUAGAGCACGGAGUGUCAGGACUAGACAGUUGCUGGAGGCCUCUUCAGUCAUCUGUUUACGUUAGCAGCUGUUUACGACGUGUAGUAACUGCUAAAGCUGGCUCUGGAGGAGAAACUGCUAGAAUGCAGAAGGCUGCUGUGUGUGCAGCUGCCCACUUGACUGUGUACUUGCAGGUCUCAUAAAUGAAAUGUGACCUGAAUGUAGCGUGUGUGCAGGAGAUGAAAACCCUUCCCAAGUCCACCCAAGCUGUUUGUAAUGCAGAUUUCUGGAUGCUAACGCUCAAGCAUUUAAAGAAGGCUUGAGCAGAAGCCUUAGCUGUGAGGAACAAGGGCCGAGUUCUUUUCUCCUCACUUCCCCAACCGAAUACGAUCUUACCGUGGUGAACUGUUGACAUAUUCUGUUCCAGUUGUACAAUGAAUGCAGCAAUGAUGUGGUGCUGGCAUGGAAGAAGACAAGAUGCUUUUUGUUGUUGUGAUGAAGCAGUUUUGAGGUUAACAAGUGCUAUAAGUUAUCCAAAUAAAAU